CCCCCCUCUCUCUCUCUCUCUCUCUCUCUCUCUCCUCUAUAAAAUCCCCUGCAAUCCCUCGCCAAAUCCCCCCAAAAGCUCUUUCUCGAAUAAAACCCCCCAAAUCAUAGAAGAAAAAGACGGAAUUAAUCCCUAACCCACUGUACCAAAUCUUCUCUAUGAAAUAUGUACGGAAUUGAUGCCAACAGCAAUCGGUGGACGCCGCCGGCGGUGGAUUCGGCCGCCGCAGUAUGGAGUCGGCAAGAGGACAAGAUUUUUGAGAAGGCUCUGGUGGAAUUCCCGGAAGGAAUCGACCACCGGUGGCGGAGAAUAGCUGAAUUUCUUCCAGGUAAAUCGCCGGACGAAGUCAGACUGCAUUACGAGACUCUCUUGCAUGACAUCGCGGAGAUCGACUCGGGCCGCGUUGAGCUGCCGAGUUAUUCGGAUGAGUCGGCGCCGCUUGGGUGGGACCAGCAUGCCAGGCCGAGGACGCCGGGUCAAAUCUCAUUCGGCGGUGGGAACCGCAGUCGGCACUCCGAAGUUGAACGGAAAAAGGGUACGCCAUGGACAGAAGAUGAACACAGGUUGUUCUUGAUUGGACUUGAUAGGUAUGGUAAAGGUGACUGGAGAAGUAUUUCAAGGAAUGUAGUAGUUACAAGGACCCCAACACAAGUUGCUAGCCAUGCUCAGAAGUAUUUCCUUCGUCAUAAUUCAGGAAAGAAGGAGAGAAAAAGAUCUAGCAUUCACGACAUCACCACAGCCAUGGACAGCAUGCCGGUGCCUGCUCCCACCAAUCUUCCCAACCAGGGAGGAUCGCAAAAUUGUAGUUUUGCAAUGCCUAGAUGAACAACCAUAUAGCAACACUUGUGUGUAUAUAAUAGUGCCUCCUGAAUACUAACAGGUGAAUUUGUAAACUUGUAUUUGUUCUUUCUCCUAGUGGUGAUUAGAGAAUUAGUUGGUAGGUUUGAGACCUCAGAGUCACUUCUAUUCCUCACAUUUUAGUUGUAAAUAAGAGAUCAAUUAUAUAUCUAGUUGAAGUUUGAUAGGAAAUUUAUUUUUGUUC